CUCGUGUGUUUCCUGAAUCUGAGGGAUUUGUCUUUUUUAUUCCUCUGAAUAUAUAUGGAUAUAAUGUUCAACUUGGACCGAGAGAUGCACAAGUUCUCUUAACCACAGCAGUGAUACAAUGGGGAAACUUCACUCAAAACAUGCUUGCAAACGUCGGGAAAAUCCUGAGGGGGAUAGUUUUGUUGUGAACGGCAUUAUUUCUAGAAGAGGAGUUGAAGGCGGCGAAAGAUAUGACACCAAUCUGAAAGAUUAUAAGGAGCUGAAAGACGGACAGAUGCAGGUCCACCGCUGCCCUCUACAGGUGGUUUUGCCUCCAGAAAAGGCUGAAGGAUGUGAGAGUUUUCUGCCGUCUGAAGAUAGAGAGAGCGACGCGCUGAAGGAAACCUGCAAAGGGAAGAAGCGCAUCAGUCUAGAUGAUCUGGAGUGUAACGUGUCUCUGGUUGAUGACAACAGGCAGGAGUGGGUCUUCACGCUCUACGACUUCGACAACAGCGGAAGAGUCACAAAGGAGGACAUGUCCAGUUUGAUGCACACUGUCUAUGAUGUGGUGGACGCCUCUGUCAAUGACUCGUGUAACGGCAAACGAAAGACCCUCCGAGUGAAGUUGACGGUCACUCCUGAACCCAGAGCUCGCAGGAGAAACACGACACACACCGGGAACGACAAUCGCUUGAGUCGCAUCGAGUCGGUUCACGCAGAGGACACACACAUCAGGAGACACUGUUUCGCUCCUGCUUCAGACAGUCGCUUGAGUCGCAUCGAGUCGGUUCACGCAGAGGACACACACAUCAGAGGUCAGAAUCAGUACUGUGUGGACGAGAACACAGAGAGACGAAACCAUUACCUGGAUCUGGCGGGAAUAGAGAACUACACCUCCAGAUUUGACAGUUCCUCUCCUCCUGCGGCCCAGCAAGAGCAGCCGUCACGGUCUUCACACGAUCAGAGCCGUUCUCGUUCCCACGAGCCCGAGACUCACGCCCAUCAGCGGCGGUCUCAGGUCCUCUCUCACCCCUGCGCGGCCCCGGAUCCCCGUGUGCGCGCCGGGCCCCAGUCCAUCAGAUCCCCCAGGAGCACCUCCAAAGGCGGCCAGUCUGCGGCCAAAACCAGCAAGUGCCACGGCUUCUAUCCGGCGGAUGUGUACCAUCUCGCCCAGCAGAGCCAGCCUCAGCCCUCGACGGGUCUCCAGCACAGCCACAGCAAGAGAUCGAGAGCCAGAGCCAGAGAACAGGCGCUGUCGCCCUCCAAACACACCCAACCACAGCAGCCCUCGCCCAUCAGCGAACACAGCGCCGGCUUUGUGCUGCCUGUGGUCCAGCGACACGAACACCAUCAUCAUCACGAACACCAUCAUCAUCACCACUACCACCAGACGUGAUGGUAC